CUCAUCUGGCCUUCUUUCUUCUCGGAUUUAAUCACACUCCCACUCUUCAUCUUCAUUCAACCUUUUACAUCAUGACUACCAGCAGCUACUCACUCCCCCUCGGAUCAUGGAUCCUAGUAACCGGAGCCAACGGCUACAUAGCCUCCCAAGUCAUCGACGCCUUUCUCACCAAAGGCUACAGGGUACGAGGCACUGUGCGCUCCGAGAAACCUUGGAUGGACGAGUAUUUCCAGGCCACAUAUGGUCCUGGCAAUUUUGAAACCGUGAUCGUCCCCGAUCUGGAAGCAGACGGGGCCUUGGAUGGCGUUGUCCAAGACGUGGGUGGGAUUGUCCAUGUCGCAUCCGACAUGUCCUAUCGAUCUGACCCCAACAUCGUGAUCUCCGGCGUAGCAGCACAAACAAUGAACGUCCUGUCCAUCGCAGAGCGAGUAUCUUCUAUAAAGCGAGUGGUGCUAUGCUCAUCCGUAACUACUGCAUUCCCUGCCAUUGAUGAUGCAGUCGGCCUAGAAGACAAAACAGUGACUCAGAAUACCUGGAACGAACCGUCUAUAGCAGCAGCCUGGGAUCCAAACACCCCAGAGUAUCUGAAACCAAACGUGGUAUACACGGCAGCCAAAAUCGAAGCCGAACGGGGUGCCUGGAAAUGGUACGAGGAGCAUAAGCCGGAUUUUGUGCUCAACUCAGUGCUUCCUAAUAUCAACUUCGGCAAAAUCCUCUUCCCCGAACACCAAGGCUCCUCGAUGAAAGUCACAAGCUGGUUUCUGGACGGGAACGAUCUGAUGAUUUCUUUGGCUGCUGCACAAUAUUACGUCGACGUCGAAGACACAGCGCGCCUCCACGUUAUCGCAACGCUAGAUCCCAACGUAAAGUCCGAACGAGUCUUCGCUUGUGCGGGCCCGUUUAAAUGGGACGACGUAGUGCAGAUUCUGCGGAACCUUCAACCCCAGAGCUCCGCCAUUGUUAAUGCUAGUAAAGAUACAGUCAAGGAAAAGUUCGACAUUGUGCCUUCGGCGCGGGCUGAGCAGUUACUGCGGGAUUUCUACGGCCGGUCGGGCUGGACGUCCCUUGAGGAUUCGGUGAAGAGGGGUUUGGCUUCUUUGGGAGUGUAGGGUUGGAUUUAGGGAUGAUGGGAAUUAUACUUUGUUUUGUUCUGGCUGUUUUCGAUAUAUAAAUCUGUUGUCAUUUCUCUGCCUGUUUAUAUUAGUGAUGCCUAUACAUAG